CUGGCGUACUGUAUAAUAUCAUUUCUCUCAUUUUACUCUGCUGACGAAAACUGCCUGACUUUCCGCGAUAGCCGCCGCUGCAAUCUCUCGCCAACCUUCGAUUUUUGCUAGACAGGCUCCCGACGCCCGCGGUUCCAUGUCAAAGAAGUGGAAAACUGACAAACUUUGCAGGCCCCAUGGUUCAUGUGCCAAAGCUCAUCGACUAAAAGAACUAGCGCACUACAGACUGUUCCCGAACGCCCGGCACAGAAACUUACUCGCACGCGUCAGAGCUACGAGCUUAAUUUGAUUGCACCGCGCUCUGUGCCACCAUGACCUUCAGCGAGUGUUGCGUCGAUCAUAUUAGCUUCAAACCUUGUGCGAUGGCCGCCACGAUCUGUGGGUGCCAUGCCACCUGGGCUGAGAUCCUACUGUCACGGAAGCUCGUUCUUUUGUUUCAUCACCUGCAGUCAUCAUGUCAAACAGCCACCCCAGAUUUGAACAGGGCGUCUGCUCCUCAACCUUGCCUCGACACCAUCUCUAUUCCUUCUUCGUAUGGCGGAACUGACAUGGGGUAUGUCACGCCGGCAUUGCAUUGAGUAAGGAGCCAUGGCCCUGUCUCGACACCGCGGCUGUUAUGUCGGAAUAUCGGUCACCCUUUUCGCCGCCACAGCCGCGCUUGCGCUCCGGCUGUACGCACGUCAGCUUACUCGAGUACGUCUGGGCUUGGAUGACUACUUCUGCAUCGUAGCCUUUUUCUUCGCAGCAGUCUGCUCCGGCUUGAUGUUCAGCUGGACAAAUUAUGGACUGGGGAAAUUCCUAGCUGAGGUCCCGCGCCCACCAGCCGUUAUCAUCCGUGACAGCACUCUUUACCUGUACAUCCUCGAGUUUACUUACGCCUACUCGCUCGGAUUCUCCAAGUUAUCGAUCCUUGCCUUGUACUGGAGAUUCUUCAGCCUGUUCAAAAUCCGUGUGCCCAUCAUCACACUCUCUGUAGCCACGAUCAUAUGGCUGCUCUGCCGGACCUUCCUGGGUCUCUUCCACUGUUACCCGAUCCAGGCAUUCUGGGAAGGCAAGGCCAAAUAUCCCAAUGCUGUCUGUCCCAUCGACGAUGCCAAAUUCGAGUUUGGGACCGUCGUUGUCCACGCCUUCUUGGAUGUGGCCAUAUUCAGCCUGCCGAUCUUCCAAAUACAGCGGCUCACCUUCAGAACGACCGCCGAGAAACUUGCAGUAUUGGCGAUCUUCGCAUCAGGGGCAUUCGUCUGCAUCGUCUCUAUCGUUAAUCUUACUCAAUUAUAUGCGUUCCUGCAUACAGAACCUUCGAUGGAAGUCCUCUUCAACACCGCUCCUCCAGCGCUAUGGGGCCAGAUCGAGAUCAACAUGGCCAUCGUUGCAAUCAGCCUGCCGCUCAUACGGCCUGUUCUGAACAAAGCCUUCCGGAGGUUAUUUCCCACGAUCCAUUCUGGGCAAGGCGGUCGAGAAUCCGAAAGUCUUCCUGGAUGGGUCCACAUGGAGUGGUUACGAAAGAUAACGUCGAUCUCAUCAUCCGGGGCCAGGACCGGUAGAACAGCGACGUCGGAGACAACCCGGGCGACAGGAGGCACAUCAGAUGACGUCGCGAACGACGAGGUAGGAUUGGCGAGGUACCAAAGUGGUGAGCCGUUUUCGGAAGCUUUGGAGCGGACACACACCUAUGGAACUGAUGGACACGUACGCUGGGAGCCGCACUUGGGGUACAGUCGGCACGACCUGAGAGCUACUUGGCACUUGCCUCCCAGGAGCCCGAUUCCUGGGUACGAGUCGAUCAUGGAGAUUGUGAGCCCCAAAGAGGCAGAUAAUGGCGACAGUAUUAGGCAUCCAAGUCCUGUGUGAGAGGCACAAACAUAGGGUAUCGGGAUGCAUAUUUUGGUAUUCAACUAGAACAGAACUCGAGUAUAAGAAACCUGAGGACUUGGCUAUGCCCAGACUGUAAA